UGUGAACACCUGAGCAGCAUCAUCAUUCUGUACCUGCCGGAGCUCCAGGAGACACCAUGCCCCAUGCGCCGCCUCCUUACUCGGACUUCUUCGACGAGCUUCUGACGGAGGACGUGGAGGAGCUGCUGGGCCGCUUCCAGCUCUCGGACUCGGUCAGAUAUGAGGUGUUCGCGGACAUCUGGAGGCAGAUGUGCUUCUCGGAUGUCUUCAGAGGAAUCCCCAGCCUGGCAGAGCUCAAGAGAUUCAGCAGGGUCGCUCUGGCCACAGCCGUCAGCUACUUCCUGCCUCCGUUCAGCUUCCAGAUCAGAGUGGGAGGUUUGUACCUGAUGUUUGCUUUCUACCACACGCAGCUCUGCACACCCCCGGUCCGGAUCAGGCUGGCUCUGAAGGACUGGGUCUACAUCAAGAAGUUCCUCAGAGAUUGUGCAGACGCCGGGCACCACGACGUGCUUUACGUCUACCGGAAGCUGGAUGCGGCCAAAGCCUUCCACUACACCGCCAUGCCGCACGUCCUCACCUUCCAGAAGCAGCGCAAACCCAAGAAGGCCGCUGUGUGUGCGGAGUUCCUGGGCAGAACGACCGCAGUGCAGGAGUUCAUGUGUGCGGACAUCCUGGAGGAGCUGGGCAACCUCCAGGGCCAGUACGAGCAGCUGAAGGAGGCCUGCCCGGAGGUGAGAGGUCAGGCGGCCAUGACGCACCGAGACCUGGCCUCCCGCCUCACAGACUGCGUGUCGGAGUUCAUCAGCUGGCAGCAGAAGAGCUUCUCCUCUCUGUGCGGGAAGGAGAAGAAGGUGGCGGGUGAAGAUGGAGAAGAAGAGUCCAGCCGCGGCAGCAGCAGAGCCAGACUGCUGUCCUCCAUCAAGCAGAAGAGCUACAGUUGCUACCAGGAGGCGCCCAAGUCUCGGAGGCACCGGCAGGCGGAGACGGCGGAGUCGCCGAGCUCCGGGUCCGAGCAGCUGCAGGAGCCCGCCGCAAGGCAGAAGAAGAGGCCUCCCUCUCUGCGGGCCCGGACCCAGCAGAGCCUGGGGGAGAGCCUGGGGGACAGCAGGACGCAGGCCUGGCUGCUGAGCGUCCCGGAGCAGAAGGAGAGGCUCCCGAUGAGGAGGACCAAGCAGGCAGCGGCCCAGUACGCCUGAGGACCAGGGCAGGAUGUUCUCCUCUUCUCUGGUAAACAGACAACCUUAGUUUAUCUGGUUCAUUAUAACCCGCCCAGUUUCUGUUUUAACUGGAAUCAUUUGUUCAUAAAUUUAAUAAUAAAUCGUUGUUAAGUUCUU